AUGAAGCAAUCUGUUUCCGGCUCAGUUGUCGACACCCCAGAGCUCGAAAUUCUGUUCAUUCCAUCUGACUUUGAUGAACCCACGUGUGAAAGCCUCAAACUUGGAAGUCUCACUCGCUAUGAACAGCAAAUGCAGGAGGGAGCUGCGUUUGAUACCCUCCGCAAUACACGGAUGAUCGUCAAGGCCAUUGUAUCUCUGCACUCUGAGAAGAAGGCACAUGCAUAUGGGCAGGAGCGGCACACCUGGGCAGCGGCGCAAAUUUGGGAGGUGGAGGAACGUCGGGAUCGGGCCAUUGAUCACUACAACAUUAUCCGACAAUGUCUCAUUGCCCUCGGCAUGGCGAGUGAUGACAAUUUCUUCCUCCCUCUCACAGUCCAGGACACGUUUCGCAAACCCACGCACCUCAAGCGAGCUGUUGGGGAUUCGCGGCAAACAGAUGGUGCUAUCUGGACAAUGUCAGGAGUCAAUGCUGGGGCUCGUCUCCCACAGUCUGAGUAUGAUCCUGGUGAAGGGUCUUCCUUGGGAGCAAUUAGGCCAAUGGUGCAAACUCAGUCCUCUCAAGCCAAACGUCGUCAAGCUGCGCUCGGCAAGCAGGGGCCAAAGGGUAAACGAUGCCGGCUUGAGCAUAAAACUGGCAGCAAAGACAAUCAAACUGAUGUUGAAGAGGUACCCUCUGAGAAAAAGGACGAUGGCUGGAUUUGGCUGCUUAAACCAAAGGCUCGGAUGACAGAGAAGGAGCUUGAGGAUUGGGUCAACAAAGGUGAUCGAGUCCAAUUCUUCUGGGCAGAGGCUGAGGUUCAGCGCUGGCGAGAGGAGCUGGAAAUCAAACAGGCUGACUUCUUGUGCUGCAUACGUGCCUUCACAACAAUGUCGUCAGUUUGGUUGAAGCUAUCAUCAACCAGUUCGUUGGCUGGAGCAGCUGCUUACACACGGAAAAAGUCGGCCAUGUACAAGACAAUGGAGUGUGACGCAAGGACAUUGUUUGCUGCUGCUGGGUUUGGGCAUCUUGUGGAGUCUCUUGACAAUGCCAGCCCAAAGCUACUCACUGAAUACGUUCAUGAAGAGCAACAGAAACCCCAGAAUCAAAUGCCACGCCCACGUAUUGUUGAGUGUCCUCUUUCUCAGCUGCCAUUGCCCAAUUACUGA